AUGGAUUCAUUCAUCAUAGCAGCUCUGGCACUGUGUUCACUGACGGCACCAGCCUGUGGAGACAAAGGGACGAGCAAAGCGCGUAGUUGUACGGAUAUCAAACAGUUUUACAGGGGGAAAGGCUUCUCCCAGGAUGGCGUCCCCCAGUAUGAAAUAUCAGGAGAGCACCUGCGCAUGUGUCCACAAGGUUACACCUGCUGCACCAGUGACAUGGAGGACAACUUGGCCAUGCUCAGCCGUAGAGAGAUGGAGGACAUUCUCAAAGAUGCCGGACGUACCCUACAUAUGUCCCUCAGUGGACAGUUCAAGGCGUUUGACAGCUACUUCAUGGAGUUGCCGGAACUGAGCCUGCAGGAGACGUUCCCGACAGUUUGGGGUUUGUUAUACCACCAGACAUCGCAUAUCUUCUCCGACCUGUACAUCGAUCUGAGGCAGUACUAUCGCGGCGCCAAUGUUAAUCUAGAAGAAGUGCUCAACGACUUCUGGGCCAGGCUGCUUGAGAAGCUCUUCCACCUGACAAACCAACAAUAUGUCAUAGGUGAGGACUACUUAGAGUGUGUAUCCAAGAAGAUAGAAACACUGCGACCCUUCGGAGACACGCCGCAUGCCAUGAAGAUGCUGGUCACACGGACGUUUGUGGCAGCGCGCUCCUUUGUGCAAGGACUGUUGGUCAGUGGGGAAGUCGUACGUAAGCUGUCCCAGGUGCAGCUGAACCAGGAGUGCAUGCGGGCCACGAUGAAGAUGACUUAUUGUCCACACUGCCGCGGCAUGGCCUCUGCCAGACCUUGUGCUAACUACUGCAGCAACGUCAUGAAGGGUUGUCUGGCCAACCAGGCUGACCUCAACACUGAGUGGAGGCAUCUGGCAGAAACGAUGAUACAGGUGGCUGAACGUUUCACCGGUGCGUCUGGAGUGGAGAGAGUCAUCCUCUCCCUUCCCAGCCGCAUAUCAGAAGCCAUGCUAACGAUGAUGGAGAACAUACAGACCAUCAACAGCAAGUUGUUCCAGGCAUGUGGCAGCCUCAGAGAGGGAGGAACCAGCAGCAACACAGGGGUCGAUGAGAGCAUGAAAAGAGGGAGGGUUACAGUGGAGGACAGGCUGGAAUCCACCUCAGGCAAAAUAGACAAACUGGUGUCCGAUGUCACGUCGAGGCUGAGGGAGAUGCAGUCUUACUGGGUUUCUCUCCCACAACUGCUCUGCAGUGACAGAAUAGCUACUGGGACAGGGGCUGAAGAUAAAUGCUGGAAUGGGAUAAGUCGUGCCAGGUAUCUCCCUGAGGUGAUGGGUGACGGUCUGGCCAGUCAGAUCAAUAACCCAGAGGUGGAAAUUGACAUCACCAAGCCAGACAUGACUAUACGUCAGCAGAUAAUGCAGCUGAAAAUCAUGACACACCGCCUGAAGAACGCAUACAACGGCCAGGAUGUGGACUUUCAGGAUACAAGUGAUGAUGUCAGUGGUUCAGGAAGUGGUUUGUGCACCGAGGAAAUGUGCUCUCGGAGUCCUAAAUUUGUCGACCCCAUCACCGAGCGCCCAGUGCUCUACCCCUACCCUCCAGAAAACAAGGAGGUGAAAGCGUCGGCCAGCCACAGCCUGCCCUGCGUGGCCGUCUACCUGCUUCCGCUGCUUAUUUUACUGCUCCGACGAUAAUUGCAGGGGAAUGUACUAACUGGGACUGAGUUUGGGACACAGGGUGGGGGAGGGUAAAAGAGGGAGUGAGAAGAAGUUAACUGGGGUAGUUACUUUGCCAAAACAAAGAAAAUGUUAGUGAAACAACAAAAACAAAUCAUGUGGAUGGACCAGAUUUGUCUUGGGUUUUUUUGCUUGGUUCAGUGGUCGAGCAAAAUGAACAAAACAUUCAUAAAUUCUUCCUGCUCUUUCUUUUACUUCUUGCUAUAUUAUGACACAGUUGGAGCUGGUCUUUUGCAUCAUCGUAUGUUUCAUUUCUGGUGUGUGGGUUCUGUGAUAUUAUAUCUGCACCUAAGACGUGUAAAACUAUAUUUCUACCAGUAGAGCAUGUUGGUGUUGACACCAUGCAGAGAGAGAAAACGAGGCUUUGCAGUGGCACUCGGAUACAUAACAUUAGCAAUUCCACCUGUUUUACACUAGGUUAGCACUUGUGUUCAGUAGGGUUAUUUAUUUAUUAUUAACUCCAAAAGAAAGUGACAGCGACCUUAUCAGCCCUAGGAUCACAAACCGCAGCAUUAAGUGAAAUAAAAUUUAGAUGACUUCUACUGCAGUGUAAUCAGGGCUUGAAGACCCCAGACCAGAUCUCUUAAUGCAUUAAGCUCUCAGAAUAUUCCACAGUGAGGAUGAGAGCGCUCUUGCGUCAGCCCUUUUUGGCCAUCUAAGCUGUAAUAACAGCCGUGAUCACAUUCACACCGACACGAUCGUCUAAUGUUGGCGUAACAUGACCCUCCACUCAACACUCUGUCCGUGCGCUCGUCCUUCAUUCCCACCCACCUCCACCCCCCCCGCCGAGUUAGGUCUCCCACUCCUUCAAAAACCCUGCUGGCAGUGAAGGAUCAAGUCGAGAGGAGAGUGGAAGCAAAACACAUGCGAGGCUGGGCCUGGGUCUCAGAUGACAGCAGCUCUCUACUGUAGAGCCCUGUUAUGUGGAAUAGGGUGUUGGUUUAAUGCCCUUCGCCUCACUCACCCCACCCUCGAGCAAAGGAUUUUUUUUUGGAAAUGAGUAACACAAAUGAAAUCAUACAGAAGCAAAAAUACAGCUGUCAGGCAGUGUGUUCAUUUCCCAUGAUUCUUUUAAGGUGCACAGGAGAGGAAAAGCAUAAUAAUCUGAAUUAUUUUUUUUCUCCCUGCAAAGGCCCAGCGUCCCUGUGAUAAACCAGCACUGUCUCUAGUUUUGGGCUAGUCAUAGAUCCAGAAACACACAUCGGACAUUUUUGAAGUGGACUACUCUCGGCCUCACAUUGACACCAGUGUAAAUACUUGUACUGUUUUACCUGUUGUUUAUAGCAAAAACAGCCAUUUAACAAAAUCCAAAAAUAUCCAGCCAUCUGUAUGCUACAACUCGCUUUCAUAUUUGCCAGGCAGAUACUAUAUCUGCAGCUCUCUUUAUAUCAGUGCCUCCGCCGGUCCAGAACACCCUCCUCACCCCUCGUCGGUUAUUCUGACCUUUAAAGCUUUCCUUGUGCUUCUACAUGAUGGCAAGGCUACAUGACAAUGACACAGUACUUUGUUUCGUGUCAACCUUAGCGGGGAAUGUCGCGGGAAAGAUAGCGUGAGGCUUCUGUUGGAUGAGAAGCAGGUUUGGAAGGAAACACUCCUCCAUGUUUUUAAUUCAAAGAGAGGUCAGAGAUCCUAUUUUGUUGAACUGUGUGCAGGAUAAUGGGACUGUGCUUGCAUGUGCGUACAUGUUUUUUUCGUGUUUGUGUGCACUCGUCUUAAAAUAACGGAGCAAAUGUGGGGAUGAACGAAUACACAGCCAUUUACAUUUACCCUGUUUGGACGCAGCAGAAAUGAAAUGUAUUAAAAGUAUUGGACUUGCAUUGAAUGCUCUGGUGUCGUACAACAGACUGCAAUGGGAGAUUAAUACAUCUCAUUUUUCACCCUGACAACCGUAAUAACCCCCGAUCUGUAUUGAUCCUAUCUGUACUUGUCAGCUUUGUAUGUGACCGAGAAAUGGGUGAAGAAGCAAAUGGAUGUGCCUUUUUAAAAGCACAUCAUCGCUUCGGUUCUACACUGGGACAAUCCACUGAAAUUAAUUUCUUUUAACAAAAAUCCAUAUGAGCUUGACAGUUAAGAAUACUGCAGAUCCAGUUUGGGGCUCUGGUAGUUUGUAGAAGUCCAUGUAUUAGAUCCUAAAUGACUGGGAGAAAUUGUUGCUUACUGACAAAUUAACGGUACCUUCUGUUUUUGAAAUGCUUCGGUGACGAAUGCUUGGUUUGGAUGUGUGUUUAUAAGUGUGCGUGUUUUCCUGUUAGUCUCCCCGGUUUAAAAAAAAAAAAUCUGCCUAUGACUGCCUUUGACACUUUUGUAUAAGGUUGGGGUCAAAAUUACGACUAAAAAAAAAGCCACAUACUUUAAUGGCUUUAACAGAGGAGAAUUAAAAUGUGUGGGUCCUUUCCUAAACACCCUUCAGAAUAUUCCCAUUAUAAAUGAAAUGUGAAUGUGAAAUUUGAAAAUGAAAAAAUAUGCCCCAGUUAAAAAAAAAUAAUGACUUCAACUGAUGGUGACAUUCCAAUUCUAUGACAACUUUGGACUCAGGCUUCGGUUUCAGUGACUCUCCUCACAAUGUCAUCAGCUGAAAUUUGCACAACCCCCCUCGCCCACUCCCACCUCCUCUAUUCCAUCACCUUUUGAUGUCAUUACUCUGUUUCUCAAAGUCCUCCUCCCUUUUUUUUUAAUAAAACCAGCACUUUUAUGAGGCCAAUGAAUGGCAUUGUCAGCACAAAGACAUCACAAGAUGGUCAACGAACACCUUCCAGAAAUGGCUAUUGAGCAGCGAUGUGAUUGUGCAGAUACACAUGGUCCAGCGAGAUGUCGACUCCUCAGCUGGGCAGGGAAUGUUUUUUUUUUUACUUCAGAGAGCCCAAGUGUGAAGGGAAGCAGUAAAAAAGGAGCCCAUUCAGAGCACUGAUCUCACAUCAGCAGCUCGAGUUUCCGACUGCUAAGCUGAUUAUCAAACCUUUAACCACGUCAUUCUACACCAGGUGGAGUAUGGCAGGCAUUUCUGGAAGGUGCCAAUGUAUAGGGAAAAGAAUAAUAAUAAUUUUAAUUUGUCUUGUUUUAUUGACAUAGUUUUGUGGUUAUCAGAAAUCUAUGGAUAAUUAGUGCUGCAGUGGAGGGUAGAUGCCAGAAAGAGGUUUUGAAAAAUACAAAUGUCUCAUUUGCUGUUGUACCUGAAAUCUUGUGUCAAUUAUAAACAUUGUAAGAUUUUCAAA